AUGAACGCCGUUCCUCAAGGACUUUCUCUCCCGGCGCAUCUCUGCGCCCAGGGUCCCUCGGUUUCAAUCCCGACACGUCUCGACGCCUGCCUUUCAACUCCGACUGACGCCUUUCAACUUCACCCCGACGUCACCCCAUCAGACGCGGAGCUGCUGGUCAAGACGCACUGGGCGCUGGCGCGGCUGCGGCACCGGCCCGCGCCCGGGGACAUGCAGUCGCUCGCGGGCGCCGCGCGACGGCUCGUCGGAGAUUUGAGCGUGGACGACCGCCUGACGGUGAUGCACGCGUGGGGGGUGCUGCGGUGUAACCCGGGCGACGACGUCAUCCGCGCGUACACCGCGGACUUUCGGUCAUCCGACGAGAACUCGUCCGACGACUCAUCGUCCGACGCCACGUCGUCGUCGUCCUCCUCCUCCUCCUCCGGCGGCGAGGACGCGCUCGACGGCGACCAGUGCGCGAAGCUCCUCUGCGCGUACGGCCGCACGCGCCACCUGCCCCCCGCCGCGCACGCGUCCGCGCUCGCGCGUCGCCUCGUCGAGGAGGCGGAGCGCGACGCGUUGCAUCCCAGCGCCGCGACGCUCGGGCUGUGGGGCGCGUCCCUGCUCGGCCUUCGGAUGACCACGGCGCAGCUUGACGUCCUCGCGCGCGACGCGGUGCAACAGAAGAAGCUCGCGCCGCGGAGCCUCGCGAAGAUCGUGUGGGCGCUCGCGGCGUUGGGGUACGACCCGACGGCGAGCGAUCUGGCGGAGUUGAGGGCGCGCGCGAAGGACGCGAUGCCAAGUCUGAUGGCGAAGGACAAGGAGGCGCUGCGAGAGGCGCUGCUCAGGCUGGGGGACAGGGACGUCGCCGUCGCGUGAUGUGAUGAUUGAUGAUGACGUGUCGUGACGUAUGGUAAACGGACGUUACGUCACGUUACUACUACGAUGAUUCUUUGUAUUAAUAUGAUGACUUCGAUGCG